UCCCCCCGUCCCUCCUCUUUCUCUACACAUACCAAAGCUCGAUCUGAACCCUAGAUAAUUUCCUCCGAUCAUCGAAUUCAAAUGGCAGCGGUGCCACCGGUCCGCGGCAGGGAACUAUCUAAUCCUCCUUCCGACGGCAUCUCCAACCUCCGUUUCUCUCAUCACUCUGAUCAUCUACUCGUAUCUUCUUGGGACAAAAGUGUUCGAUUGUAUGAUGCCAGCGAGAAUAUUCUGAGAGGAGAGUUUAUACAUGGAGGUGCGGUCCUUGAUUGUUGCUUUCAUGAUGAUAAUUCUGGUUUCAGUGCCAGUGCCGAUAAUACUGUGAGGAGGCUUGUUUUCAACUAUGAGAGGGAGGAUGUUCUUGGACGCCAUGAUGCCCCUGUUCGUUGUAUUGAAUACUCUUACGCAACAGGACAAGUGAUCACUGGCAGUUGGGACAAAACCCUGAAGUGUUGGGAUCCAAGAGGUGCUAGUGCACAGGAGCGUGCUCUAGUUGGGACAUAUGCUCAACCUGAACGUGUCUAUUCUCUGUCCCUUGUUGGCAACCGUUUGGUGGUGGCAACUGCUGGGCGGCAUGUUAAUGUCUAUGACUUGAGGAAUAUGUCUCAACCCGAACAGCGAAGGGAAUCUUCCUUGAAAUACCAAACUAGAUGUGUGCGGUGCUACCCCAAUGGAACAGGUUAUGCUCUUAGCUCUGUGGAAGGUCGUGUUGCAAUGGAAUUUUUUGAUCUUUCUGAGGCUGGUCAAUCCAAAAAGUAUGCAUUCAAGUGUCACCGGAAAUCAGAAGCUGGAAGAGACAUUGUGUACCCUGUAAACGCCAUCGCAUUUCACCCUGUCUAUGGCACAUUUGCAACAGGCGGUUGUGAUGGUUUUGUCAAUGUAUGGGACGGGAACAACAAAAAGAGGCUGUAUCAGUACACGAAGUACCCUACAAGCAUCGCAGCCUUAUCCUUCAGCAGAGAUGGUCGACUAUUGGCUGUUGCAUCCAGUUAUACAUUCGAAGAGGGUGACAAACCUCAUGAACCGGAUGCCAUCUUUGUGCGAAGCGUAAACGAAGUUGAAGUGAAGCCAAAGCCAAAAGUUUACCCAAAUCCUGCCACAUAAAAUGGGAAGAAUAUGGAAGAAAGGCUGGUUUGUUGAAUAGUAGGAGUAUGUACUGAGAUUGUGGACUGCUGGCCUGAUUUGAAUGUAUGUUAUCAUCUUGUCGUGCAAAAUAUCUUUGCAAAAUGAUGACGGUAAAGUGCAUUCAAGUUAAAGGCUGCUGCUAUUAAUCAAGAUGUUUGAUAUUUGAUGUUUGUGUGCAAUUGCUGCUGCUUCUUGUAACUUGGAAGUUAUAUAUGU